AAGAAAGAAGGACAGUUUUCUUUUUGUCAAUUGUCAAAUGUCAACGUUCUUCUUACUGAAAAUAUGGCAGAUGCCGAGCUAGCUAAAGCCCUAAAAGAUCUACAUUACAGAAUUCAAACUGCCAGUUUAAAAGAAAGGAAAGAGGUUAUAGAAAAUGUCAUACUUGUUUUAUCAAAUCCCGGUAUUAACGAAUCGAUUGUGAAAGGUAUUUGUAAGGUUCUUCUUUUAACUUUACCACGUUACAGAGAUAGCUCAUCACGGUUGUUAGUCCGAAAUUGUCUUGUUGCUCUUUUGGAAAAACAUACAGAAUCAUCCAUAAAAUGUCUGACGUCUGUUUUAACGGAUUUUGCUGCCCAAUACAAAAGUCUUGUUGCUACAACAAGUACCAGUCGAACUGCAUUAUUUGCACUACACUGGUCAACCAUAUUGUUUUCAACUGGAUGGAAACACAAUUCCACCGUCUUAAAAAGUCAAAUACCCCACAUUAUUGAAGUUCAAUCCUAUUUAUUAACAGCUGUUUUCGCAGCAGGAAACAGGAAAGUGUCUUCCAAAGCCUUUAAUUUGUUAAAUUCUGCGUGGGCUAGCGUAUCAGAUAGUGAAAAGUUGUAUCUAGAAACAAUCAAGAACAUUGAACAGACACAAAAUAUAGUGGUUUUGGCGUCUGCUUUAGCAAAACGGUUAUCUGCCAACAAUAAUGAGCUUUUAAAGUCUUACAUAGAUCAGUUACUGGAUACAUUCAUAAAAAACUUCAUCAGCAUAAAAGUUCGACCCUUGCCCAAUGUUGUAACGGCUUGUUACCCCCUUUUGUUACAAGUUAAUAAUGAACAAUUUAAAAAAUCAGUGUUGCCUGCCUUACAAAAAGCAAUGCUGAGAAAUCCAGAAAUUAUUCUGGAAUGUGUUGGAUUGGUGAUAUCUGGUGUUGACCUGGAUCUCAGCAAUUAUGCCAUGGAAAUUGGAAAUAGUUUAAUAGCAAAUUUGCAUUCAAAAGAUGAUAACGCUCGAAACGAGGCUGUAGAUGCCUGUAAAAGGUUGGCUGGUAAAAUUAGAAAUUUAAAAGCUUUAGAAGACAUCCUGAAGAAAACUUUUGCUGUGUUUCAUGGAUCCGACGGAAAACUGACUGUAGUGGAUCACAAAAUCAGUGUUUUGCAGGGAGCUGGUAACUUUAGUUACAAUUCCGUGACUGGAGAAAAUCUAGAAAAAUUAACAAUAACAGCGACUGAGCUCUUCAUUAAAGUUCUGGAAGUUGAGGUGCACGAGAAAACGCUUUGUUACACUUUGGACAUGCUCUCGUUCUGGACAAAUAAACUCAUUAUGGAGGUUCCCAAGAAAAUCGUAGACUUUUUUAAGAAUGGUAUAAACCUAAAGACAUCAACACCUUUGGUUAAGAUUUCAUACAUUCGUUGUAUGUUGUCGACGUUUAACAGAAAGACCAUAUCACAGGCAUCAGUAUUAGUUCCGAUUUUGUUAAAAUCCGUGGAAAAGGCUGUAUCUCAGCCUACCGUCGCACUCUCGGUAACGGAAGGUCUUUGUGCGGCUUUGGUACUUUUAAAAUUUUCCAGUUCGCCCCAGGAUAAAGACAGCAACGUCCAAACAAUGUGGAACGCUGUACUUGAUAUGGACAAGCAGAUCUUUAUUUCUGAGAAGUAUUUAUCAACUUGUAAUGAAGAUAGUUUAAGUUAUGUUAUGCAACUUUGCGAAAUGCUUCUGGUCGAGCACCCAGAAAAAAUUAAAAACCCGGCUCCGUUACACAAAGCAAUUUUACAUUGUUCCACUUUCUCCAACACCCCAAUCCGACGAAAAUGCCUUAUGGUACUGAACAGGAUUGUCGGGAGUCUUAGCGGUGCUGCCAUUGCAAGGGCACUAUUUAAAGAGUUGCAGUACUUCUUAGAGUCGAACAAAAUCAUUUCUAAAUCCGAAGACCAGAAGGAAAACGAUAACAAUAGCUGCGUGUCACCACACGCUCUUAUCGAAUGCAUAACUUCGUUGUGUUCGUCUUCCGGUCUCGCGACAGAAGAUGCACAUCUGUUAGCUAUUGAAGCUUUACUCCCCACUCACCAUCCAUCUGUGUCAGCAUUAGUUCCGAACAUGUGGGUGAAGAUCGUGAAACAUUUGAGCUGUAAACCAAGGGAUUUGGUGGCUCAAAGAGCGAAUCACUUUCGGUCGAGUCUCAUUGAAGAAUAUAAGAGCACGCCAACUAAAGAAAACGCUUUAUCGACGCUGGUUUCCCUCAACGCUGAUGUGCUUAUGCCUAGUAUUAUACAAAAAGUUACAAACGAUUUAGACGACCCGCAGAUUUGCCAAGUGUCCAAGGACGAUUAUUUCACAUUUUUAACACCCAAAGGGGAAUUGUACGAUAAAAGUGUUGUGCCUGGGGAUGAGAGCAAUGCUGCAAUGAAUUUAAAAAGGGAAAGUAAAGUGUAUAGUUAUAAGGACCAGUUGGAAGAAUUGCAGUUGCGAAGGGAGUUGGAAGAGAAAAAACGAAAAGAAGGUAAAAUCAAGCCGCCCCAGUUUACGCCCAAGCAGAUGGAGGCGAUAAAAAAUCAGAAGAUAAAAGAACAAAAUAUAAGGAACAGGCUUACACAAUUAAACACAACGAUUUUGAACAGCGUGUCGAUGAUAGAAGCUUGCGCCAAAGGGAACCCGUUACAGCUGUCCCUGUACUUCAAGGACCUUUUGCCGGCAAUAUUGCAAGACCUGCAGUCCCCUCUCGCCGCCCCUUACUUAAGCAAACUCUUCACCUCUCUGAAAAAUACCGUCUUUCCCAAACACCUCGAAGGUAUGGGGGAACUGAUAGCUUUCGUCACGCUCCGAUUGGCGAAGCCACAGUGCGACUUGGAAGCGAACUGGCAAGCCGAGAACAUAAACAAGGCAAUGGUGAGGUGUAUCACUUUAAUCCACGAAAAGACUGUUCCGAAAAAGACUGAAGAAGAACACAUUCAAGAAUGCUUCACCGUGCCCGCUUUCAGUUAUACGUUCCCGCUCCUCAAGUACAGCUUGACUUCUAAUUACGCGAGAAAUCACGACGAGUUGAUACACGACGGUUUGCAGAUCAUUUCCGAGCACGCUAAAUUGAGAGGCGGAGAAGAAUUGGGCUUCAAAGACGUUUACCAUCCCCGGUAUCUUCCGACUAAGCAGAUGUUCAGCCUGCUCGUUGAUAUUAUAAGUUCCACGUCAGGGCGUGUACAGUCUCAGUGCGAGGCCUGCAUGCUGGAAGUAGCCGGCUGCGUGAGUGGCCAGUCUGGUUGUGCCUCGGCCACCGCAGAUGAAAUAGACGUCUUGUUGGCGGCGCUUCAAAGUCCUAUAACUGUGGUUAGGGAUGCAGCCUUAAGAAGUCUGACGAUAAUCAUAUCGUCGUUGCCUACGUACGAUAACAACUACGAUUAUGCUCUGAAGGUGAACAAGCGGAUAUGGAUAGCUAGAUUCGAUGAGAAUGAAGAAAACAGGGUAUUAGCGGAAAAGCUAUGGGAUCUGGGAAAAAUGGAUUUCCCUGCACAUUUAAGCAAUGAACUGAUGAGUGACAUCGAACACCCUGUAGAAUGCGUACAAGCUGCUGCUGCGAAAGCAUUAGCCGCUUUGUUGGAAGACAAUACCGAACAAGUGGAGGAUACGCUGAAGCAGCUUAUACAACUGUAUAGGGACAGACUGAAGAUGAUUCCGGCAAAAAUGGACGAAUUUGGUAGGGAGGUAGAAAAGGCGGUGGAUACUUGGUUCCCGAGAAGAGGAGUAGCUCUGUCUCUUGCUGAGUUAGCGGCUUUGAUCACCCCGGAAUUGAUCGGUGAUCUGGUGCAAUUCUUCGUUUUUACUUCAUUAGGGGAUCGAAAUGAGACUGUACGGAAAGAAAUGCUAAACGCAGCUUUGAAGGUUGUAGAUUUGCACGGAAAGGAAACUGUGGGUACUCUUUGGCCCGUAUUUGACGAUUUCAUGGGAAAAUCUUCGAAAUCUGCCCACUAUGAUGCCGUCAAACAAGCUGUUGUCAUUUUAAUGGGUUCAUUGGCUCGUCAUUUAGACAAAGACGAUCCAAGAAUAAAACCUAUUGUUUUAAGAUUGAUCCAAGCCUUGUCAACUCCAUCCCAAACAGUGCAAGAAGCCGUGGCCAACUGUUUACCCCCUUUGAUACCAUCGGUGAAAGACGACGCACCAGGCUACGUUAAUAAACUAUUGCAUCAGCUGCUGAAGGGUGACAAAUAUGGCGAACGUAAAGGAGCAGCUUACGGACUAGCUGGUCUGGUUAAGGGAAUGGGUAUUCUGGCCCUAAAGCAGCACGAUAUCAUGACGAAAUUAACAGAGGCCAUCCAAGAUAAAAAAAAUUAUAAACAUAGAGAAGGAGCACUUUUUGCAUUUGAAAUGUUGUUCCAAAUGUUGGGGAAACUAUUCGAACCUUAUAUAGUCCACGUGCUGCCGCAUUUACUGCAAUGCUUCGGCGAUACUAGUCAGUAUGUUCGGACGGCGGCAGACGACACGGCAAAGGUUGUAAUGAGUAAGCUAUCCGGUCACGGCGUCAAGCUGGUCUUGCCGUCGCUUCUGGACGCCCUUGAAGAAGAUUCUUGGAGAACGAAAACAGGCUCUGUUGAGUUACUGGGAGCUAUGGCCUAUUGCGCUCCGAAACAACUAUCCUCGUGUCUUCCUAGCAUAGUUCCUAAAUUAAUCGAGGUACUAAGUGAUUCACAUAUGAAGGUCCAAGAAGCCGGCGCUGCCGCGUUGAAAGUGAUCGGCUCUGUUAUAAGAAAUCCCGAAAUUCAAGCUAUUGUACCGGUGCUUCUAAAGGCUCUACAAGAUCCCUCAAACAAAACAUCCGUCUGCUUACAAACCCUCCUGGACACCCAGUUCGUUCAUUUCAUCGACGCCCCUUCAUUGGCGCUAAUAAUGCCCGUCGUGCAAAGGGCCUUCAUGGACCGAUCGACGGAAACACGUAAGAUGGCCGCCCAGAUCAUCGGAAACAUGUACUCGUUGACUGACCAGAAAGACUUGAUGCCAUACCUACCAACCAUCAUACCAGGCCUUAAAAUGUCCUUGUUGGAUCCCGUACCAGAAGUUAGAUCGGUUAGCGCAAGAGCUCUGGGUGCCAUGGUUAGAGGAAUGGGCGAGUCGAGCUUCGAGGACCUGCUUCCUUGGCUAAUGACUAUGUUGACGUCCGAAACUAGUUCUGUCGAUCGGUCAGGUGCCGCCCAGGGUCUUUCCGAAGUUGUCGGAGGCCUCGGGGUGGAAAAACUUCAUAAACUCAUGCCGGAAAUUAUCAGCACCGCGGAACGGACGGAUAUAGCGCCGCACGUUAAGGACGGUUACAUUAUGAUGUUUAUUUACAUGCCCGUUGUGUUUACCAACGAAUUUACGCCUUAUAUUGGUCAAAUAAUUAACCCAAUUUUGAAAGCGCUUGCCGAUGAGAACGAGUAUGUAAGGGACACAGCACUUAAAGCUGGGCAAAGGAUCGUUACGCUGUAUGCUGAUUCCGCCAUAUUGCUUUUGCUGCCAGAGUUGGAAAGGGGUUUGUUCGAUGAGAAUUGGAGGAUUAGAUACAGUUCCGUACAGCUGCUGGGUGAUCUAUUAUACAGAAUUUCUGGAGUGACUGGUAAGAUGAGCACAGAAACUGCUAGCGAAGACGACAACUUCGGCACUGAACAAUCGCACACUGCCAUAAUCUCAGCUUUAGGAGCUGAAAGACGUAAUCGGGUACUUGCCGGGCUGUAUAUGGGCCGUUCCGACGUUGCUCUGAUGGUCCGUCAAGCUGCUUUACACGUGUGGAAGGUGGUUGUGACAAACACCCCCAGAACUUUAAGGGAAAUUUUACCGACGCUGUUCAGUUUGUUGUUGGGAUGUCUGGCCAGUGACAGUUACGAUAAGAGACAAGUAGCGGCGAGAACGUUAGGAGACCUAGUGAGAAAGCUAGGAGAAAGGGUUCUACCAGAAAUUAUACCGAUAUUAGAAAGGGGACUGCAGUCGGACCAACCCGAUCAGAGACAGGGCGUCUGCAUCGGUUUGUCAGAAAUUAUGGCGUCCACUUCCAAGGAUAUGGUGCUGAAUUUUGUUAAUUCGCUUGUGCCGACCGUACGAAAAGCGUUGUGCGAUCCCCUGCCCGAAGUUAGGCAAGCUGCAGCCAAAACUUUCGAUAGUUUGCACUCUACGGUGGGAUCUAGAGCUCUGGAUGAUAUCCUGCCUACAUUAUUAAAUCAGCUGAACUCUGAGGACCCGAACGUGGUCGAAUGGACAUUAGACGGCUUGCGACAAGUAAUGGCAAUAAAAUCAAGGGUCGUACUACCCUACUUGGUACCCCAAUUAACUGCGCCGCCUGCUAACACCAAAGCCCUCUCGAUCUUGGCUUCUGUUGCCGGUGAGGCUCUUAACAAAUACCUUCCAAAAAUCCUACCGGCGCUACAAACCGCUUUGGCGUCAUCUCGGGGAACCCCAGAGGAAGCUCAACAACUGGAGUAUUGUCAAGCCGUCGUUUUAUCCGUCGUGGACGAAGUCGGUAUAAGAACAAUAAUAGACACUAUGCUGGAAAAUACGAGGAACGAAAACGCAGAUCAAAGAAGAGCGGCCGCCACUUUACUGUGUGGAUUUUGUGCUAAUUCGAAAGCCCAAUACACCACUCACGUGCCUCAGUUAUUAAGGGGGUUAAUUCAUCUUUGCACCGACACCGACAGGGACGUUCUGCAGAUGUCUUGGGAGGCCCUGAAUGCCGUUACAAAGACUUUAGAACCCAAACAACAAGCCACGUAUGUCUCGGACGUUCGCCAAGCUGUACGCUACGCCAUGUCGGACAUGAAAGGAACAUCCGACUUGUUGCCAGGAUUCUGCAUCCCCAAAGGUAUUGCGCCGAUAUUACCUAUCUUCCGCGAAGCAAUUCUAAACGGCGAUGGUGACGAGAAGGAUGCUGCGGCUCAGGGCUUGGGCGAAAUUAUCAAAGUGACGAGCGCCCAAGCUCUCCAGCCGAGCGUUGUAGCUAUUACCGGGCCGCUCAUUAGGAUUCUGGGUGACAGGUUCAGCGCCAAUGUUAAAACUGCCGUCUUGGAGGCGCUAGCAACACUUUUAGCAAAGGUUGGAAUAAUGCUCAAGCAGUUCUUGCCGCAGCUGCAAACGACGUUCGUGAAGGCGCUAAACGACCCCAACCGUACCGUAAGGUUGAAAUCAGCCGCGGCUCUGAGUUAUCUCAUCGUCAUCCACCAAAGGGCCGAUCCGCUGUUUACCGAACUACAUAAUACGAUUAAAAACACGGAAGAUAUAUCUAUAAAGGAAACAACACUUCAUGCGCUAAGAGGAAUUAUUUCGCCAGCAGGUGAUAAGAUGACUGAGCCUAUAAAGAGGCAGGUACACGCCACUCUAACAAGUUAUUUGGGACAACCGGACGAUACGGUACGGAAGUGUGCCGCCGGUUGCUUAGGUGCUAUCUGCAAAUAUUUAUCACCUGAACAAUUAGAUGCGACCUUGUCGGAACAGAUUUUGUGCGACGACAGUUCCGCAAACAACACGUUGAGAGAAGGGAGAGGAUCCGCAUUAACCGUAGCCUUGAAAGAAACUCCUGAAAGCCUGUGGGAUGAACAAUACAGGAAAAAAUUAAUCCAAACUAUACUUAGUCAGCUGGCGUCGCAAAGUGUUAAUUUAACUCAAAUCGCAAUAAGGUCUUGUGGAUAUUUGCUGCAAUAUUUGUUGAUAAAUGAAGAACCGAUUCCUAGUAACUUGGUGGUGCCAUUUGUACGGACGAUGAAUAAUACUAGCAACGACGUCAAACAACUUUUGGCGAGAGUAUCAUUCCACUUAGCAAAAACUGUACCUCAAGAGAAGAUGUCGGACGAUUUAUUGAAGUUAUUACUUCCCACGUUAGUAAAUGGAACCAAGGAGAAGAAUGUAUACGUUAAAGCCAACUCGGAAAUAGCGCUCAUCGCAGUACUUAGGUUAAAAGACGGAGACGUCAUGUUCCAGAGAUGUUUGGGUAUCCUAGAUGUGGGAGCAAGGGAAUCAUUGUCGGACGUAGUGAGUAAGGUGUUGAAAAAAAUAUUGUCACAGCCAGAGGGCAAAGAAGAGGAACUGGAUGAUACGUUAUUGACUUGAUCAUUAGAACGUAGCGAAGAAGGGAACUCAAUAUAUUCUGGUCGAUUCUCUGUGUUUGUUUUCAUUACUUCUAUGGAUAUUUAUAUCAUUUUUAUUCAGUUACAUGUUGUUAUAAUAUAUUAUGCAAGGAAUAAAGUACUACAGCAUAAAA